AUGGACAUGCAGUUCACAUUUGUCCAUGGUGGGUGGGAGGGCAAUGCGAAUGACUCAAGGCUUUUCGAGGAAGCGAUCAGUGACUGGAAGCAUGGAUUCCCAUGGCCACCAACAGGGUCGUACUACUUGGUGGAUUCGGGUCUACCAAUUAGCGCUAGUUUUCUCCCCCCUCACAAGUCAACUAGAUACCAUGCACAGGAAUUCAACUCAAGCGGUAGAUGGAUAACAUUAAAGAAAGAGUUGUACAACUACAGGCACUCGUCCUUACAGAUGGUUAUUGAGCAAUCCUUUGGAGUGCUGAAAGCCCGUUUCCCCAUUCUGAAUUUAAUGCCAAACUUCAAGCCAAUUAGAACAAUAGGGGAGAGUGAUGGCAAAGGUAGUGCGACCAAUAGCAAAGGCAGUGGAGAUGUUGGAGCAUCAACAAGCUCAGCGACCCAAACGCAUGUACUAGAAAUGUCAAGUGCAUCAAAGAGAGCGAUGGGCCAAGUUAGGGACAAUAUCACUGACACAAUGUGGAAUGAUUAUGUUACUCGUGGCAAUGUGAGAUGA